AUGUGGGUCGAAGACUCGAACAUAGAGGACUUGGCAAUUCCGACUGUAUAUUCCCUCUAUGAUCAACAAUUUUCACAUUUCAAGGUCUUUAACAAAGCAAGUAUCACUAAAAUUCACUAUCUUGCAAAUCUUAUCAUCCAAAGAUUCAGAUUGAGCAAGGUGACUGGAAAAGUCGCACCGACAAAGAAGGCUGCAAAGAAGACCCGCGCCGCUGAUCAGGGCGAUGAUUCCAGUGCCGCCCGUGUAAAGCGCCAUCAGGCCUCCGUGGAAGAGCAAGCUGCUGAAAAGAUGGCGGCCCUUUACUGGGAUCUGAAUAGCCAUGCCAUGUUUCAACAAAACGUUACUGCCGGUAAUCCCUCCCCCGAAGACGUUUCGAACUAUGAAAUUAUGCAGAGCCUCCUCCUGUUUGACAAAGCUGAUAUCACAAGACUUGCUAUUUCACCUUCUUUCUUUCGUUUUUGCCUUUUAUACAGGGUUUUUCCUUUGUGA